UUCACGCUUUCGGUUGGUUCGACAGAGAGUUGGAGAGAGAGGCGGGAAGCAGGUUUCAGGUGGUGGUUCUCUUUCUGUGGGAGACGGAGCCGUGGCUCUGUACUGGUAGUUUUCGGCGGUAGUAGUUACUGCUCGAUGCCGCGGUACUUGAAGCGGAGCGGGAUGUCCGCUCUGCCCGAAGGCCUGUGGCCAGACGGUGGGGAGCUGAUAGUCUGUGAAUCGGACGUCGAUUCGCCUGGCGUUCGUUCACAGACAGAUUCCGCGAAGGAGGCCGUGGUCCUACCGAGUCACAGGACGAGGCCAAACCGGGCACUGGUGCCGACUGCCUAUAGUGACUGCCGGAGUAAGAAGUGGCCGGCCCGGCUGUGCUCAAUGCUGUGUUGUAUCAUCGUGAUAUCGUUCAUUGCCUUUCUUCUAGCGGUUAUGUACUUAAUCCUCAAAGAUUUGCGCUGGGAUAGAGAAAACAGUGAGGAUGGUGUUAAAACCGGUAUUUUAGGCCUUUGGAGUGCGUUGAUUUUGGCUUUGACGGCUGGUUUCUCAUGUUGCAGUUUCUCAUGGACAUUGACGUAUUUUGAUUCAUUCGAACCCGGAAUGUUUCCACCGACACCCUUGUCACCUGCUCGAUUUAGUUUUCUGUUUCAGGAAAUUAACAGGUCAUUCAUUCCACAUGGGCUACAACAUGGCAAUCCUGAAUGGCAUUACUACAGCUUUGGCUGUAAUUUGGUGGUUCACCUAAAAUCAGCUUUAUCAAUAACAUUGACUACUGCUGACCUCUCCAGACAAGCAAGCUUUGGUUGAAAUAAUAACGUUCCUGGGAGGACUGUUAGAAAUGAAGAAAUGUGUUUUUUUUUGUUUUAAUAUUUACUUCAAAGAUAAAUUUGCACAUAAUUGACAUUAUUCUAUUGCCAUUAACUUCAACCUUCAAUGCUGUUUUUUUCCAAAUUGUCUUUUCAAGUUGUUCUUAAACCUUUUUUAUUUAAGAAUUUAAUCAUCUUUUGGAUCAGUAGAGAAAAUAUCAAAUUUUGUUUGAGCGAGAAUACUUCAUCUUAUGAUUCCAAAAUGUGGUUUUAAUCUUCCUCUAUACAUGGGACAGAUGAACUGUAAUGACAUGCUUUGGUUUUGAAAACACACCUGGAUUGUAUAGGCACAUGCUUCAUGCUCGUGACCUCCUGGGUCUCCAAAACAUUUGCAGCUUCAGGCAGUACAUUUUGCUGUUGAUUUUCCUAAUCUACGUAAGUGUUGCAACCUGACCUGCAGAUGUAUUUUUGAAUAAUUUUCUUUAUACAUGGUAGCAUAGAAUGGGAAGAAUAGACAGAAGGACUAUGGUAAUUUUUGGGCAUUAAACGCUAAGUCAUUGGCACAACUUAACUAAUUAGUUGAGUCCGAUCUUCUCUUUCAUUCUUGUAUCUAUCAUAGUUUUAUGUAUUAGCAUGACUGGUGAAACUAACCAUGUUUCAUCGCAGAUCCCUCAAAUUUGAUUUAAAACUUUCAGGAAAUUGUUGCCUUAAGAGUGGGGACAAAAAUCCAUAUUUAAAACAUCUCCAUAUUUUCACUAUAAUCUAUUGUUUAGUGUUGCUGACAAAAGUUUCACACCGGUAGUUUUGCUUUAAGUUGUCAGUUAUCACAAAAUCAUUUGAUUUGUGAAACUUCUGACUGAGAAAACUGAUUGUAUAAAUCCAAAUAGACUUUAAUACAGUCCUUCAAGUGAUAGCGCUAAUGCAGUGAGUUUAUUUCCAUCUAUAGAUUAUUCUUUCAAAGAAACCCCAGUUACAGAAUAUGUCUUUUAUUUGAUUUGUUUCCAAUGAUGCCUGUGUAUUCUGUACAAUGAGUUGAACCAACUUUCAUGAUGUAAAUACUAGUUUCCAUUCAAAGUAACUUUCUAUCAUUUGGAGUUCUAUUUGUUAGCAAUCAUUAUCAUGAGGUUUAAAGGAGAGGACAGAUCCUUUAAUAUUUUAAUGAACUAAAGUAGAACCACUGAACAUCAGUAUAUUAUUUGAAUAGAUACCUCUCAUGUUAAGUUUUGCUUCUAGGAAAUAUGAACUUUGUAAUAUCAGUUGUGAUCUGAAAUACACUUUGACUUUAUUGAACAAGAUUAUUUUUAAAAAAUAAUUCAGGUAUUUACUACUUCAUGAAUGUUAUUAAAUGGAUGAUUGCUAAACUCAUCCCAGUUAUGACAAAACAUUUCAUAGUGGCAUGCUCAUCUUUUGAGAUGUUUGUGAAUUCUAUGAUUACACUCUUCAGUCAAAUCACUGUUUCUAAGAACUACUAUAAGUGCAAAUACUUGUUUUUGAACUUAGUAAUGUUAAAGAAUUCUAACCAAGUUUGUUUAUAGUUAAUUUUGUAUUUUACAUUUGUUUGAAAAGCAAGUUUACCUGUAGAUCCUAUUUAUCUUUCACUGUGCUCGAUGUUUUUGCAAGUGGCCACAAAUGACACUUACAUUAGUCGAAUAUUAAAGUAGCUGACACUUGAAA